AUGACGUUACUUGUGACGAUCGAGAAUUGGGCCGCAUUGUCGUCGUGGCUGCUGCUGCUGUUGUUUCCGGUAUGGGCGUUGGCGGAGGCGCUCAACGUCCUGUGGUGGCGGCCGUGGCGAAUGGAGCGGGCGCUCCGGGAGCAGGGGCUCACCGGCACCGCCUACCGCUUCCUGUACGGCGACCUCAAGGAGAUGAGACGCUUCCUAAUGGAAGCGGUGUCGAAGCCCAUGCCUCUCUCCCACGACAUUGCUCUUCGCGUCGCUCCUUUCAUCGCCCAUAAAAUUAGGGAAUUCGGUGGAACAUCCUUUACCUGGUCAGGGCCCGUUCCCCGAGUGGCUCUGUUGGAGCCAGAGCUAGUGAAGGAAGUUUUCGUCAAGAAGUUUGAUCAAGUAGCGCGACCAGGCUUGAGCGCCUACCAACGAUACUUCGUCACAGGCAUUUUCAGCUAUGAAGGUGAGAAAUGGUCCAAGCACAGGAAGAUGUUAAAUCCCGCUUUCCACUUGGAGAAGUUGAAGCAAAUGUUGCCGGUAUUCUGUAGCUGUUGCACGGACAUGGUUGAGAAAUGGGAGGGGAUGGUUGGCCCAGAAGGGUCUUUCCAAGUAGAUGUUUGGCCAGAGUUGCAAGACUUCACUGCAGAUGUUAUUUCUCGAACUGCAUUCGGUAGCAACUACAAAGAAGGAAGGAAGAUUUUCCAACUACAAACUGAGCAAACUGAGCUGAUACUUCUAGCUUUGCAGUCUGUCUAUAUCCCAGGUUUCAGAUUCUUGCCCACACCGAAGAAUAACAGAAGAAAAGCAAUUCAUAGGGAAGCCCGAUCAAUUCUAAUAGGUAUAAUAAGGAAGAGGGAGGAGGCCAUGAAGAAGGGUGAACCAACAAAACAGGAUCUCUUGGGCUUGAUGCUGGAGUCCAGCUCGAAACACGCCCAAGAAACGGGUGAAAAGAAUGCAGGGAUGACUUACGAAGACGUGAUCGAGGAAUGCAAGCUCUUUUACUUCGCCGGACAAGAAACGACGUCCAUCUUACUAACCACCACGAUGAUUGUCUUGAGCAUGCAUCCCGACUGGCAAGUAAAAGCCAGAGAAGAAGUUCUGCAACUCUUUGGCAAAGACAAACCCGAAUAUAAUGAACUGAGCAGUUUGAAGAUUAUGACAAUGACACUGUAUGAGGUUCUUAGGCUAUACCCACCGGUUCCUGUGCUCGAAAGAAGAACUUUUAAGCCAGUACAGAUAGGAAGCCUGUUGAUUCCGUCAGGGGCAGUGCUCGUCCUGCCGACGGUGUUGAUCCACCGAGAUCCAAGUAACUGGGGGGAUGACGCGGAGGAGUUCAAUCCGAUGCGAUUCUCACAAGGGGUUUCCAUGGCAUUGAAAGAGCAGUAUGCUUUCUUCCCCUUUGGCGGGGGUCCUCGCAUCUGUAUCGGUCAGAACUUCGCAAUGCUCGAAGCUAAGAUGGCGCUCAGUGUGAUUCUACAGAGGUUUUCUUUCGAAUUUUCAGCGUCCUAUGCCCAUGCUCCCACCAGACGUUUCACCCUUCAACCCCAACAUGGCGUUCCGUUGAAGCUUCACAGACUCUGAACAACCUAGCCCUACUCUUAUGCACAAAUUAAGCUUGCUCAUAGAGAUUUGUGUGAGGUUGUGUGAUUAGAGUGAUAGGUUAUGAUCAUAAUUCAUAAUCUCCAAUUUCCUUCUCAGUAUUGUAGUAGCUAGUUUUCAUUAACA